AUGGCGGAAGUACUGAAUGCUCCAGUAGAAAACCUCGACAGCCGUCGGGACCGAAACAACAAAAAAUCCUCCGCCGACGCAGAUCCUGACUCCUCCCCGCAGCCCCCAGCUCCGCCUCCACCGUCUCGCCGAGACCGCGACCGAGGCUCCAGAGAGCGACGUAAUGACAGUGAUUAUGACCGACCGCCCCGUCGGGAGUACUACGACCGCAAUAGGUCACCCCCUCCUCCGCCACCACGCGAAAGGGAUUAUCACAAGCGGGGGAGGCCGAGCCCGAGUCCACCUCCACCGCCUUAUCGGGACCGACGAGGAGGAGGUGGACACUCUCCACCUCCGAGACGGUCGCCUCCAUUUCCACCAUAUAAACGAUCGAGGAGAGAUGAUGGAUCUGAUGGACGGAGGGGCAGUCCUAGAGGAGGGUAUGGACCUGGGGACCGAAGGUUCGGAUAUGAUUAUCCUGGUGGGUAUGAUCGGGAGAUGGGUGGUAGACCUGGUUAUCCCGAUGAAAGGCCCCAUGGUCGAUAUAUGGGCCGGUCAUCUGGAGGCUAUAGAAGUGGUCCAUCUGAUUGGGAUUCUGGUCAUGGCAGUUUUGCUGAUGCUUUCCACACCACAAGCGCUCAAAGGGAAGGAAUGAUGUCGUAUAAGCAGUUCAUUCAGGAGCUUGAAGAUGAUAUUUUACCUUCUGAGGCAGAGCGCAGGUAUCAAGAGUACAAGUCAGAGUAUAUAUCAACUCAGAAAAGAGCUUAUUUUAAUGCACAUAAAGACGAAGAAUGGCUAAAGGAUAAAUAUCAUCCAACUAACUUGCUUGCUGUCAUAGAAAGGAGGAAUGAACUUGCACAGAAGUCGGCAAAGGACUUUCUGCUUGAUCUGCAAAGUGGGACAUUGGAUUUAGGUCCUGCUGUGAAUCCCUCUUCAAACAAAUCAGAGCAGUCCAGCGAGCCAAAUUCUGACGAUGAAGCAGAUACAGGAAGCAAAAGAAGACGGCAUGGUCGGGGAAGUGCUGAUGAGUCAGCUGCACCGAAGGCCCAUCCUGUCAGUUCUGAGCCCAGACGAAUCCAGAUUGACGUUGAACAAGCUCAGGCUCUUGUUCGAAAACUUGAUUCGGAAAAAGGAAUCGAGGAUAAUGUAUUAUGUCGUGUAGAUAAUGAUAGAACAGGUAGAGAUAAGUCUCACAGUGGUUCAAGCGGCCCAGUCAUUAUCAUUAGGGGUUUAACGGCAGUCAAAGGUCUGGAAGGAGUUGAGUUACUGGAGACACUUCUUACAUAUCUAUGGCGCAUUCAUGGAGUGGAUUAUUAUGGAAUGGUUGAAAGAAAUGAAGCCAAGGGCCUCCGGCAUGUUAGAGUGGAUGGAAAGAAUUUGGACGCGGCUGGUAACGGGAGCGAGUGGGAGAAGAAACUGGACACUUAUUGGAAAGAGAGGCUUAAAGCCUUGGAUCCUCUGGAAGUAAUGACUGCGAAGGAGAAGAUAGAUGCUGCCGCUGUUGAAGCUUUGGAUCCCCAUGUCCGCAAAAUUAGGGAUGAGAAAUAUGGAUGGAAGUAUGGUUGUGGAGCAAAAGGUUGUACAAAGCUCUUCCAUGCUUCUGAGUUUGUCCACAAACAUUUGAAGUUGAAACACACAGACCUUGUCAUGGAACUGACGUCAAAAGUGCGAGAAGAAUUGUAUUUCCAGAAUUACAUGAAUGAUGAAAAUGCACCUGGAGGAUCACCAAUCAUGCAGCCAACUAUUCUGAAGGAGAAGCCACAGAGACGUAGGCUUGGUCCUGACCGUAGAGAACGUGACAACCGUGCUAAUGGAAGCGAACAAUUUGAUAGGCUCGAGAACCCUCAGUCAGGGGAUUUUCCAUCCAAUAAUGAUGGUGCACCUGGAAACAAUCCCGAUGAGCCAAUGUUUGAUACUUUUGGUGGACAAGGCAUACCUGUUGCUUCUUUCCAUUCAGAUAUACCUCCUCCUGUACUGAUGCCUGUUCCUGGUGCAGGUCCAUUGGGACCUUUUGUUCCUGCUCCUCCUGAAGUUGCAAUGCGAAUGUUCCGGGACCAAGGAGGUCCUCCUUUUGAUGGUGGUAGAAAUGGAAGGUCAGGGCCCCAGGUCAGUGGGCCUGCCCCAAUAAUUGCUUUACCUCCAUCAUUCCGACAGGAUACUCGACGCUUGCGAAGCUAUAAUGAUCUGGAUGCUCCAGAAGAUGAAGUAACGAGUUCUCGGGAAAAAUUUCCCCGACCAAGGAAAAUGAUUUAUAGGAUUCUCGUUUUAGUCGAUUGUAACCCAAGUCUUCUGGAUGCAUUUUAG